AGUUGUGACUUCUGAAUCAAUACAGUUUAUGACUGCGGUGUAAAAGUUAUAAAUAUUUUAUUGUAAUUGAAAAUCAACAAGUUACAGUCGUUCCAUUACUAACAAUGUACUAACAAUGUUUUGAUAAAAUGUUGUUAUUUGUUUUGUUGGUUUUUACAUCAGUACAUUUGACACAGCAGCAUUUGGUUUAUCCAAUCAACUACUGCAGUUUGGCAUCGGUGUGUGUACACGACAAUCGUAUGGUAUGCGCAGCCACUGAAGAUGGGUGCGGUCGGAAGACAUUCCUCGACCAGUGCGACAUGUAUGAAUAUAACUGUGAUUUCGGUGCACGUUAUCGGGAAACCUACAGCGUAUUUUGUUUAGGUCCAGAAUUAGAUAUAAGCGACCCACUCCCACUCUCUUUUCGUCCACCAACAACAUGUAAAACUGCACUAGACCACAACAGGCGUAACUUUGUACCGAACGAGACACCACAACAUGCAGGCAUAUCUAUACAGAGACGUGUAGGUACAUCAGUUUUGCCAUCAGUACCUUGUGAAAAGUGUGUGACGACAACGUGGCCUACACAAACAAAAGAAUUUGAUUACCAUUUCUUACAAAAAAUGCCGUUAAAGUCAGUGGUAACGAGAGCACCGCCGCCAUGGAUACCAUCGAAGUCAACAUGGCCAGCACCACCGAUACUAACACCACAAAUUUCAUACACUUUGCCAUUUAAUCCAGAACAUUAUAUAGAUAUUGCUGCAAAUACAAUAGGAGACGCGACAUAUUAUUUUCCAUCGAGAUAUACGCAAGUAACAAAAGAGACUACCGAAGAUGACGAUUUUCUUGAACAUCCAGACGAAGAUGUUCAAUCAUUGGUAGACAUAAAUGAUCACAUAGGCGCACUGAAACCGACAACUGAAGCUUAUAAAUUCGUGGAAGCGUUACAUGCCUCUACCAUUGAAACAGUCAGCCCUGAACUGAGAACCAAGAAUAUUGAGGCUUCUGAACAAAAAUUUAAAGAAAACAAACUAGAAAAUCUACAGACACAUCGACGAGUUUAUUCACCAGAACGCACCCUUGAAAAUGAACAAUCAUUUGAUCAAAUGCAAAAACACGUUCGGUCUUUGGAAGAAGAGUUUAAAUUUAUUAAUUUUCUGGAUCCUGAAAAUCCGAUGACAACACAAGCAAAUUAUAACAUACAACCACCGCAAACGGUAGCACAAUUCAUACUUCCUCCUCAGGUGAAAAGUCAUUACUUACGGGUUCCACCGGCGAGAUCGAACCAUUUGUCAAAACUUAAAAAGCAUGCACAACAUAUUCACUUCAAUGACUAUAACUUACUGGAUCAUUACCCCGAUAAUAUACCUAUAUAUAAUUCGAAACGAACAACAUGCCAAUGCAAUACAUGUAAUAUGAAAGUGGAUGCGCAUAAACCGACAAUAAAAACAUUUCCAAACUAUAAAACCUCUUUCGUAAAUUUUAACAACCUUACUCCUAGACCAGCCGACGACGUAAAUCUGAAUACUGUAGAUUUUGAACUGUGUUGCGAUGAUAGACCUAAAACUUGGAAAACGACGAAAAAUUUCUUUUUUACUUCAUCAACUAGGAUGACAACAAUCAUACCAGAUAGCGUUGAGACCACAACAACGUCUAAGCGGAGUACAAAAUCUUCAAUUCCAAUUACAUCUUCUAAAAAACCGGAGACAACAAAAAGUACAACAGAGAGAAUCAGAACUACAACUGUAAUAACAACCACAAAUAAACAAUCGGAGAGUACCUUCAGUAAUGAACCAACUACAGUGCCAAGUGAAACACCUACUACUUCAACAUCCACUACUAUUAAACCUACUACUACAACAUCCACUACUGCUAAACAUACUACUACAAUACCUAGGACUACAAUAACUACUACUAAGCCUACUACAACUUCAACUACAACUACUACUACUAAGCCUACUACAACUACUAUACCUUCAACUACUACUACACCUGCAACUACAAUAACAACGACUACAUCAAUUAAAACAACAACCACUACUAAACCAACUACACCUACAACCACUACCACAACAACAACAACAACAACUACUCAACCUACUACAACAACAACUACUACUGAACCUACAACAACAACUACUACUGAACCUACUACAAUAACAACAACUACUACUACUGAACCUACUACAAUAACAACAACUACUACUACUGAACCUACUACAACAACAACAACUACUACCACUGAACCUACUACAAUAAUAACUACUAAACCUACUACAACAACAACUACUGAACCAACUACAACAACAACUCCUGAACCAACUACAACAACAACUACUGAACCAACUACAACAACAACUACUACAACUACAGCUACUGAACCUACUACUACAACAACAACAACUGAACCUACUACUUCAACAACAACUACUAAACCUACAACCACAACAACAAAAACUACUGAACCUACUACAACAACAACUACUGAACCUACUACCACAACAACUACUGAAACUACUACAAUACCAACAACUACUGCUGAAUCUACUACUACAACAACUACUACUGAACCUACUACUACAAUAACUACUGAACCUACUACUACAACAACAACUACUGAACCUACUACUACAACAACAACUACUGAACCUACUACUACAACAACAACUACUGAACCUACUACUACUACAACAACAACAACAAAAUCUACUACAACCACGACAACUACUAAAUCUACUACAACAAUAACUACUAAAUCUACUACAACAACAACCAAACCUACUAUUACUACUAAACUAACAACAACAACCACUAAAUCUACUAUAAGUACAACUAAUACACCUUCAACAACUACUAAACCUACUACAACUACAAAACAUACAACUACUAAACCUUUUACUACAACAACAACUACUAAGCCUACUACUACACCUUCCACUACAACAUCUACUACGACUAAAUCUACCACUACAACUACUACUACACCUUCCACUACAACAUCGACUACUACUAAAUCUACCACUACAACUACUACUAUAAAACCUACUACUAGGAGAUUAACUACCACGAAGCCUACUACUACACGUGCUACUACGAUUCCUCCUACUAAACGAAUACCAACUUAUUAUCAUACUACGCCGUGGUGGUAUCCAACGACAUGCAAAAAUAUAAAUUGUGACAGACCUGUCACAUGGUUCACAACAAGGAAAUCAAGAAAACGCAAAUACUACAGGUAUAAUGAAUAA